CGUGCGACAAGGAAAGGAGAUUGACGAGAAGCAGAGAGCAUCGCGUGUAGAGGAUUUAACUGCCCUUCGAAUUUACAGCCAACAGGCGACAGCAGCAGAAUGCAGUUCUAAAGAAGCAACAGAUCCGACUGAACAAGAGACGGGAAUACUGAAAAGAAAGAGACGGAAGGAUUAGCGAGUGACGCCGAGUACAAAAGAUUUGGACCUGCUACAGAGAUGGCUGCAACUAGGCUUGUUUUGGCCAUUUUAUUGGCCAUCAGUAUCUUAACUAUCAAUGCCAACGAUAGUGGUUCCUCUCCAGGAACGUUGGGUAUUCUGUUCGAGAGGUCCCCCGAAUCAGCGGUGGCUCCCAAAGGAGAUGAGGUGGUCUUCGAGUGCGAACUUAAUCUUAAGCCGGAUCGCUUGGAGUGGAGGUUUAAGCGCAGCGGAUCCUUCGAAUCUUAUCAAUAUCUUAGGCCUUCGGCUGGUUACAAUGUGACUAGCGGAAGUGAAGGUCUUGCCUGGAGACUGCGGAUCUAUGUCAGUGCCCAGACGGCGGGAGACUAUCAGUGUGUGGCUUGGUUUGGUCCCGGUGCAUUGGCUUCUACGCCCGCCCGCCUGGCCCUAGUUUCUAUUGCAUUAGAUGGCGGUCAGGGAUCCGUGGGAUCUAGGGGAUCCAUUCGCUGGAGUGUAGCGCCCAAGAACUGCCUGCUCAUCCGUUGUGGCAGCGUUAUAUCAAAUCCACCAGCAAUUUGGAGUUUCUACAGAAACGGCAAGAAGCUGCCACAGUCGGAAUUGCUGCCUGGAGCUGCGGGAGCACUAGUUUUGGAUACAGUAACCGGCAAGGAUGCGGGCAACUACACAUGUGUGGCCACAAAUUCCAUAACAGGAGAUGAACUGAGGCUUCCCCAGGCAAUUGAAUUGAGGGUGGACUACACCGAUAGAACACCACCGUACUUUCUACAACGACCACCCACCGAAUAUUCAGCUCGUCCCGGGGAAACUGUUGUGCUCGAGUGUCCUGGAGUUGGAUCCCCCCGACCCCGAGUUAUUUGGAGUAGUCCCAAUGUGGUGGGCAUCUAUAAUAAUAGGAGCAAAAUCCUGCCAUAUGGAUUGCAGAUCACAGAUCUGAAGCCCGAGGAUCAGGGUUCUUAUAUCUGCAUGUUGGACAAUGGAAUCGCUCCGCCCAUCGACCACACCAUCAAAUUGAGUGUCCUACAACGUCCAACGAUCUUGAGAGGGCCAGCUGCCACGCUGACAAACGAAAGUAAUUCCUUGCUGUUGGACUGCUCAGCCUCGGGGAAUCCCCAGCCGGAUAUUUACUGGCUCAUAAACGGGGAGGAUGCCUCCAAGGAUCCGGAAGCCGUGGUGGACAAUCGGAGCCUACAUCUGCAGCGAGUGCAAAAGAGGCACGCCGGAGUGGUACAGUGCUUCGCGAAGAACAUUCUUGGAGAGACUAGCGAGGCCAACACACUGCGAGUAAAUCCUCUGGAAAUCACCGGCGAGGAUGACGAGCCACUAGGCGGAGUUCCUAUGUGGCCUGCUCAUGAAUCGAACAGUGGAAUGGGAUCCUCGUCGACACCAUCUGGUGGUUCCAAAAACAAGGGCGGGAGGCGGAAGUACAAAGCCCUCAUGGUGCCGCCAUCGAGACCCAAUGUCACCCGAUUGUCAGACGAAUCCGUAAUGCUCCGUUGGAGUGUGCCCCAGAACUCUGGACUUCAGAUUACCUUCUUCAAGGUACAAUAUCGUCGUUUGGGCGACGGAAAAAAUCGGCGGGAAAACUGGCAAACGACUAGCGAUAAUAUUCCUUACGGCAAUAACUAUGCCUCCGGGUCGGGAAAUAAUCAUUGGCGGCAGCGGAACAGGGAUCGAGUAUAUGAGGUGGGCAAUCCGUCCAAAAACUUCACCUCCUCCGUAACAGGAUUGACCGCCGGAAAAUUCUAUCGUUUCCGGAUCGUCGCCGUAUAUUCGAAUAACGAUAACAAGGAGGGAAAUACUUCCAUCAAGUUCUUCCUACAAAAUGGAAGUGCCAAGUCUAAUUUACCAGUGCCAGAACUUCGCGAGGUGGAGACUUUUUCCGAGUCCGCAGUGGUGCUCCAUUGGUCCCUGAUUUCCACGGGACAGAGUGAGGAAAUAGACGGAUAUUAUGCCUACUACAGACCCGCUGACUCGGCGGCGGAAUAUAUGAAGGCCACAGUGGAUGGUGGUAGAAGCAGGAGCUUCAAAAUAGAUCUCCUUCGUCCAGGAACCGCCUAUGAAUUCAAAUUGCAGUCCUUUAAUUCCGAUGCAGCCUCCGAGUUCAGUGAUAUCCUACAAGCAAGGACCAAAAAAGCCAAUGAGCAUACUGCUUCUUCCCCAUCAACUCCAGCGCCUGCCAAUAAAACCGCGGAACAGCAGCACAACUCCAUGUAUCCAGUGAUUGCAGGAGCUGCUGGCGGAGGUAUAUUACUUCUCAUUGCCUCUUUAGUGGUUUGCUUGUGUCUGAAGAGGCGAGAAAACACCCAGCCGGAAGAUGAGAACAAACCGCAAUUGGAGCACAUCCAAGCGGACUUUGUGACUUCCGCCGUCUUGGGAGUGGGUGGACACCACAAAAGUGGGGAUGUGAGGCGCCUGAAUGGAGUAAUACCCCGUAUGAAUAUCACACCUAAUCCGCUGGCUCAGGAAACGGCAUCUGAUAAGAACCGCAACGUGAUGGAGCUGCGCUUCUUGCCUCCGCUGGCGAACGGAAAUGGAAAUGGCAAUGGCAAAUGCAUUGCUCGGGAUCUGGCCCUGGAACAACCGAACGCAGUAGAACAGCAGGAUGAUGACGGGAACGAAGACGACAAGGGAAUGCCGGCGGUUGCCUCGUCCUCCUGCGAAACAUUAGAGGCCUGCGACGAGGCAAUCAAGCUGAAUCUUCACCAGAAGGAUCCGCAAAAGGAGCCGCCGAAUCCGGUGUUGGAGGCGCCCAGCAAGCCACUGCCCCCGCUACCCAAGAAACCAGCUAACAACGCUGGCCAAACCAACUCUGGCCUGCACCAGAAUGGACUGCAUCACGCGCAGCCGUAUCAUCCGCCUGGCACUCCCACUUUGAUGCACAAGCGAUUGGAAUACCACCAACAACCGCCGCCGGUGCCUCCGCACUCAGCCUACUAUCAACAGGCACCAACGCACCAACCGUCGCCAAUGAUGGAGCGCAGUGGAAGGGGACACCAGCAGCCAGGAGGUUACCAUCUGGAGGAAGGCACACCGACGCCAACAAGGAUUCCCUCCUUGAGGAGACAGCGCCGUACAUCAGGCAGUCAGGUGCAUAAUAGCCACAGCAAUCUUAAUCUGAAUUUGAGCCACCACAACAACAACAACCUGCCACCGCACCACCAGCAUCUGCACCACCAUCCCGGCCAUGCGGGCGGUCUGGUGGGCAUACCUAUUGUGCCAGGGAGUCCCAGAGUUCAGAGAUCUCCGAUGCCCAACAGGGCCAUGAUCAAAAGGACGAGACUUGGCAGCCACACUGACAACAUCUCGUCGGGCAGCCUGAACAGUAUUGAGGUGUGAUGGCUUGAAGAAGGAGCAGAACAAGGAGGACCACUAGACUAUGCCACAAGCAAAAACAGUUCCCCGAAAACAGACAGCUUCAACUACGAUUAAGGAGCCUAAACUUGGCGUGUAUUAUUAUGGUUAUUCAUAGACCAGGCCGGCAGAGCAGUUAUAAACACUCGAAUAUUAGUUUUUAAGGCACUCGGUACUGUUUAGUUUUCCAAAGGCCAAUCAAUUUGGCAAAUUAUUUUGGCUAAGAACUAAAAUUAGUCUUUAAAAUUAGAUAAGUGAUUCGGGUUGAAAGUCUGCGCCAUUAUUUUUUUUCUAAAAAAUUAGUUUGUUUGAUAGUUUUGCGCUAGAACCAAAAAUGUUUAUGAAUUCUUAACGAUUUAUAGAGAAAGAGAGAGAUCACAAGCUAAUGCAAUUUAAAGUUUGAUUUCAUUUGAUUUAAUUCAAUUUAAUAAGAACGUUUAGGAGCUUAGUCGUUCAACGCUAAUCCUGCUAGCAAUUACAUUUGAUAUGAAAAAGAGCUGAUAAUUAUUAAUAUUUUACUCUUUCCUUGUCGCUGCCGGCCAGAUAGUCAGUAGGAUUAUUAAUUUUUAUUUUUUUACAUAUAAAUUUAAUUAUAUUGUUCUGUGCAUACCCCAGGGGGCUGAAUUGCAUCUCGACUAAACCAUUUAGCAUAGUGUUAUUUAUUUAUUACAGUGUAAGCGUCAACGACUCGAAUUGAUUAGUUCAAUUAGAUUAAGCACUCUAACUAGCAACCUAACUAACUGUAACUGCAAACCAACUAUCUAGCAUUAAUGCAAUACAUUUCGAAAUGUCACUAAUCACCCGACAUCGUAUAUUAAGCACACAGCCCACGCAAGACAUCCUAAUUUAUUUUUAAGUUAAAAAACUGCAAAGUUUUAAAAGUACAUAUGCGAAUUUUGAAAUUAAAAAAGAAAGUUCUUCAAAA